AUGUCUGCCUCCGAAGCUGCCUCCGCACCCACGUCUCCCGAAAAUGCGGCUCCGGAGUUGGAUAUUCCCAAGCUUCAUGCACUCCCCUCCGAACAACAAGACCUGUACUUGCUCACCUUCACCUCCGACCUCGUCCAGUACAUAUCCAGUCUCGGUAACGCACAGGUUUCGUCUCAGCAAAAAUCCUUGAAAAAGGAAUUGUUCAAGAUCCUGACCCUCUCCUCUCCAACUCUCACUCGGGUUCUCCGCAAUAAUCUCGGACGAUGCUUUGGCGCCAUUCUAUUGAAGGGGGAUCGUGGGAUCCUCUUCGAAACGAUCACGGACUUGCUUGGGAUACUGAAUGCGAGCAAAAGCGAAGCUGAGCUGAAAACCAAAUUUGCUGCGGCGCAUUGCCUCGGCGAGGUGUUUGCGUCGGCGGGCGAUAGUGCCUUUAUGCAGUCCAACAUAGCUACAACAGGUAUGCUGAAGCUACUCAAGUCUGCAAGCAACCAUACUGGUUUGCGUGGCGUGAUAUUUUCUGUUUUGCGCAAGAUUGUUGUUGGAAUUGGUGUUCCGAUUGACGAGCCAACGGCACGAGAUAUCUGGAAACAAGCACGGAAUGCGGCCACGAGCGACAAGUCAACGUUUGUGCAAGUUCAUGCAUGUCGCUGCAUAGAACAGCUCAUUUAUAUGACGCCCUUUUUCGAGAAUACCAACGACUUCGACAAUCUGAAGUCUAUUAUGUGGAAGGUUAUCGACAGCCCUUCUGCGCCAGUUCGCCAUGCUGCCGCUGCCUGCCUUGGCCGGGUUCUCGUAAAGCUGCACGCAACUGAGGCGCUCAUUAUGACUGCGCCCAAACCAAAACCAAAAAACGCGAAACGAAUGUCUAAGAAACCUGGUCCUCGACCAGGGGAGGAAGAAGAAGAUGAAAUGUCUGAAUCCUCUGCCGCCAAUGCCCCGAGGAAAGCAGACGCGCGACUGUUCUUUCUCCUCCCAGAUCUUUUACGCCAACUAUCUUCUCAGUAUUUGAAAAGUACGACAUCAAACCGAACACGUGCAGGAAUUUGCAUAUGUUAUAAAUAUGUUCUACGCAACCUGGGAGAUAAGAUUAUUGAGGAACGAUAUGGGCAAAUCGCAACCAACUUGCUCGUUGAAUUAUUGAAUCAUCCAACGGUGACAUACAAUCGAUUUCGUCUUCUCAUGACACGCAAGUUUGUGAAAACGAUUCUCGAAGACACAAUCGGAUGUGAAUUGCUACGCGAGAAUAGUCAGCUUAAUGCUGCCAAGUGGCUUAUCAAUGAGAUCUUGAAGGACUACCCACAGGUGAUUCAGGAACGUCGCGAACCAAGCAAAUAUACACUGACUAGCACUGUCAGUGCUCUGUCAUCAUUGAUCCUAUCUCUUGGCUCCGCUUUUGGCGUACAUGCGGACAGUUGUCGUGAUGCCUUGCUUCAGGUGCUCCCCCAUCCAAGCUACACAGUUCAGAUCCACACUGCGCACUGCCUGCGCAGCUUCGUACUUGCAUGCCCCUAUCAACUCCUGUCCUGCGUCACAAUUUGCAUGAAUAGUCUGAACCGAGAGAUCGGACAGCUUGCCACCCCACGACAGUCACCUCGUCGUUGUGUUGGCUAUGCAAAUGGACUAUCCGCAAUGCUCAGUACUUCUCGUCUCCAGCCACUCUACGGUGCGGUAGAUGUCUUUGCACAAAUUUUUACUCAGGCGACUGAUCUGCUGAAGACCAGUGGCACUUGUGAGCUUAGGGUUGCAAGCACACAAAUUCAGGUAGCAUGGAUUUUGAUCGGAGGGUUGAUGCCUUUGGGGCCGAGCUUCGUGAAAAUACAUCUAUCCCAGCUCAUGCUUCUAUGGAAAAAUGCGUUGCCCAAGCACCUGAGCAAGGAGAACUCCGCUCAACCAAGCACUCUGGAGACGAGCUUUCUGGCCCAUGUCCGGGAAUGUGCGCUAAGUGCUCUACUGGUUUUCAUGGAGUUUAACAGCAAGCUUAUCACUGCUGAUGGUGCGAAGAGAAUAGCUGGAAUGUUGCAGAACACUGUAGAGUUUUUAAGCGAUCUGCCGAGAGCCAAGUCCCCAGAAGAUAUCUCGCAACGGCUGCAUCCAUCUCUGCAACUGCAUGACUUCAUAACUAUGGUUCGCCGCCGUGUUCUCCAGUGCUUUUCGAAGUUGGUGCAGGUUCACCAUACUAGUCACGGUGAUAUCAUCUCUCAAUCCAACCUUCUCAGUCUAGCGAUCUCCUCAUUUGCAGAUCCAGAUGCCCAAUUCCGUCCAUUGGAGAGCUCGAUUGCUGGCUCUACGGGUCAAUUUGACGGCCUGUGGGACCUUUGUGACAACUUUGGAUUCGGCGUCACCGGACUGGCUCGGGAAUAUAUUCGAGUGGCCUCGACAGGCUCACAUGGCAAUGAAAACGGACCUGCUUGGUCUGCUAUUGACUCCGCAGAUCAAGCUGUCGAUGAGGCUUUGACUUUCCCUGUCUGUCAAGCCAGUGAACAUGAUUCCGUGCUUUUGUAUAGCUUGCGUGCCGAUGAUGCUCUUUCUGUGGACCCGCCAACGACCGGCGUCAUUAAUUCUGCGAUUGAGCUUUUUUCGGCUGCUGUUGCUCUCCACUCUCCAAAGAUGCAAGAGAGCAGCGUUGAACAGAUAGCGACCUUUUUGUUGUCCCCAAGUCUCCAGAGGAACCCUGGGCGCAAAGCAGCGCUAGUGGUCAACAUCUCGGUGGCUCUCCUGCAUGCUCUGAAAGUCGCAGUCAAGGAAACCAAAUACGUGGCUGCGAAGCUAAGCCCAUCUACGGACAAAAUAUUGCAGGAGCUAAUCCAGAAAUUUGUCGUCGAUGUCGAUCCGAUCGUGCGUACCAUUGGAGUGGAGGCGCUGGGACGCCUCUGCGAUAGCUCUGGAAAUGCCUGCACUAAUUCUCAAGUCAACUGGCUUGUCGACACUAUUGUCGCUAAUCGAGAGCCAAAUGCUCGUGCUGGCUGUGCUGCUGCCUUGGGAUGUAUUCAUUCCCAGAUUGGCGGUAUGGCCGCUGGCCUGCACCUAAAGACUAUAGUUGGUGUGCUCAUGUCGCUUUGCAACGAUCCUCAUCCUGUAGUCCAUUUUUGGGCUCUUGGUGGAUUGGAAAGAGUGGCCAAUUCGGCUGGCUUGACAUUCUCGCCUUUUGCUUCCAGUGCGUUGGGAAUGCUUGCCCAACUUUAUAAUGCCGACACUCACAAUGAGGAAGCAACCGCGUUGGCUACUUCCAAUAUUGAGAUGUCAUUUCUGACGCCUGUUGUUAUUAGUCGAUGUGUGGAUUCUCUGAUCAACGUGCUUGGUCCGGAUUUACAAGAUGUCGCCAAAACACGCAAUUUGAUUCUUACCCUGCUUCGUCAAUUUCAACUAGAAGAGAAUCCUGCACUGGUCACUGAAAGCUCAAAAUGUUUGGAUCAUUUUUCUCUCUACGCAUCCAGCUAUGUGGACUUCAAUGGAUAUGUGAAACGUUUGCAGAAAGAACUCCGCGCGGACAAUUCAUUGAUGCGAGACGUGGCAGUUCGCGGUCUGAGCAAUUUGAUGAAGAGAGAUGCGUCAUCUGUUGUCAACGCAGCGAGUGAAACCCUUGAGGAUGAUAUCUGGCUUGCUUUUGACGAUGCGCCAGACAGCCGGUCUUUAAAGAAACUGAUUCAAGAAUGGUUACAGCAGACCGCGUUGACUGAGACCGAGCUAUGGAUUCAACGUUGCCAUAACAUAAUGACAAAAACACGCAAUAAGGUAGAGCCACAACCCACAACGGCAGUUCAAACUACUGCGCCUGAUAUACCUGAUGAUGAAGUUGCUGGCUUUGCGUCUGCGGUUGCUGGAGAAGGACAAGCGGAUGCUGCAAAUGAAACCGUUUCUAGCCAAGAGCUUUUAAAAUGGCAAACUCGAAAUUUUGCCAUGAGCUGUCUCUCUGAGCUGUUGGCGACGGUCCAAGAAGCUAUAUUGCCUGACCAAACCAUUCCGGCUGAAUUGGCUCUCCAAUCCAAGGUUGGAGAUAUUGUGAGAAUGGCAUUCUCAGCAUCCACAGCCAACGUUAUUGAGCUGCGUGUGUGGGGCUUGAAGAUCAUUGAUCAAGUUUUAACUAUGUUUGGCAAGACCCCUGACCCUGAUUUCUCAGAAGCAUCUUUACUGGAGCAAUACCAAGCACAAAUUGGAUCCGCUCUGACUCCGGCUUUUGCGGCCGACUCAUCUGCGGAGUUAGCUUCCGCAGCGAUCAAUGUCUCUGCUACUUUCAUUGCGACAGGCAUCGUGACAAAUGUGGAUCGCAUGGGUAGAAUCCUUAAGCUGUUGGUUCUUGGCCUGGAAAAUUUUGCUAGAAAUCCCCAAACUACCGAAAUCGGCGAUCUUAAAGGCCUGAAUUCAAAUGCACGGGUAAUGGUCAAACUGGCAUUGUUUUCAGCGUGGGCUCGCCUGCAGGUUGCAAGCAUCGAACAUGAAUACCUCACUCAGGUCGUCCAACCCUAUCUUGCUAAGCUCACUCCAUUGUGGCUAUCUUCGCUUCAAGAGUAUGCGCGGUUACGUUUUGAACCGGACAUCUCGGGUGCCCUGGGAACAAGCACGCAAAGCAAUGAUUUAGAUGAGGUCUACGCUGCUUUGAAUCGUGAAACUUUGCUCAAGUUUUAUCAAGAUACCUGGCUCAAUCUUGUGAAUGCGAUCGCUGGUCUCGUGGAAAAAGAUAUCGACUUUGUCUUUGAUGCUCUCGAUGGCAAGCUCCAACCGCCAGAAGCCACGAAUGACACCGACGAAGAGAAUGAUCAAGAGAAUGAUCCAGUGAAAGAGGAGAAAAAACAACAGAAUGAACUUGUCAAUGAUGAAGCUAAAGGAAAGGGUGACGAUAUCAAUUACCGUGAAGAACCGGUUGCUUUCUUCUUUGUCCUGUUUGGACUUGCUUUUGAAGCAUUGGUCGAUCAAUCGACUUCAGCAUCACAUCGACUGGAAAUUCUCCAGGCCCUAAAAAGAAUUUUGAGGCCCAUCAUUUCCGGCAAUGCCAUUUACCAAGAUGCCAUUUUCUCCGAGACGAUGGAUACUUUCGAUCGACUCGUCCUCACAGAGGCUACCUCCAUUCAAACCGUCAUUGUUGAGAUUGCCCAGAAUUUAUCCUUGGAUCACCCCGCGGCACAAAGCGACCAAGAACGAAGUGAUCAUCUGUCAGAUGAUAUUGAACAACUCUUCGAGUUGACUCGAAAUAUUAUCCUUGUUCUUGCCGGGAUGCUCCCCAACCUCCGGGAAUCAACUCCUCUCGCACGUUUCCAUGUCUCGUCCGAUGAUUCCCUGGCUCUGAUCCGGCUUGCUCUCAGCUCUCUUGUCGAUGUUGCGGCGGUAUUUCCGUCCAUUAUCCGCAAUGAUCUCCACGCUUGUAUCUUGCACAUUUUCACUACGAUCCUUGCCACUGGGAUUUGCCAGGCUGAAGUUGUGCCUCAAGCUCUGCCUAUCUUUCGACAGUUUGUCCAUGGAAUCACUAACUCUUCUGAGACCGCUGAGGACAGUGAGGUGGUCGCUUUCCAGAUCCGUGGCUGCCUCACACGCUUCCGGACCAUUCUCACGAUUGCUCAGCGACGCGAAUCGGAUUCAUCUAUUUCGUGCGCGAAGAAUACUCUACUUGCAAUCACAUUCUUGUUGACCGCGGGCGGACAUGUUCUGCCUCCCCAAGAUCCGCUGAUCCACAAGGUUCUUGAUGAAUUCCUUGAUUGUCUGCAAGAUGUUGGCCUUUCGACCGUUGCAGCUAGCUGCUUGCGCUCAAUUCUCGCCAAGCCGGGCCAACGUUAUACGACCGAUGAUGCCAUUACCCGAUACUUGACUCCCCGACUCAUUGCGUUCCUUGUCAGCUGCCCAUCCGACAUGGGCGAUGUUCCAAGUGACCCCGAGAAUUCUCGUACGGUGAUUGCCCGCACACUUGUGGCUUGCGUCAGCAAUUCAACAUUUUCCGCCGCAGCGCUGCCCACUACUGUUUCGCUUGUCUUUUCCGCCCUGCUAGCACGUGCCAAACGAGAAGGGGAGUCCGUUCAUAAAGAGUCCGCGGCUCUUCUUCUGGAACUUGCCAAGGCAGAUCAAAACGUCUUCCGGACGUUAGUGGCGAAAAUGAAUGUGGAUCAGAAAUCCCUGUUAGAAGAGGUCCUUCGCAGUGCAGGUAUUGGUGCGAAUAACUCGAGGAACGGUGAAGCAGCAGACAAUAGCCAACAGGCGUUUGAGGAAACUGAAGAAGAACAGCAGCCGAUUUCAAAGCCUGGGACCGAUGUGCGCCUUGAGAGAUUGGAAAAAACCGUGGCUACCUUGCUAGACAGGCUGGGAGAGGGUCCCUCCAACGUGGAACAUGAGUCAAGCAGACCAGAAAGCGGGCUGACAACCCCGGAAGCCAGCGACCCAGCCUUCAAGGGCACGGAAAAUUCCGCGGCUCCGAUCAUGGUGAUCCGCGAUCUGGCCACUGAGACGGGAGUUAAGCCAUCGCCAGAUACAAAGUCCCUAGAAAGGGAACUGGACGAUCUAAUUGCACCAAAACUUGCCCUGACGCUCAUCUCAAUGUAUGGCAUGUCCCACCAAGAAUUUUGGACCCACCAAGAGCUUUCUCAGUGA